AUGACAGAUGAGUUAAAAAUGAUUGAGAAAAACAAAACUUGGGAGUUGGUGAAUAGACCAACAUAUAAGCCUAUAAUUGGUGUCAAGACAAAACUCAACCUAGAUGGCUCAAUUCAGAAGAACAAAACAAGAUUUCAUAUUGCUACAUCAUUUCCUUGGAAUGGGAGUAAUACAACAAGUUCUAGCAUUUUCGUGCACCAAAAGAAAUAUGCUUCUACAUUGCUAAACAAGUUUGGCUUAACAAAUUGCAAUCCAGUUCUCACACCAUUAGUUACAAAUGAGAAACUCAGUAAAGAAGAUGGAAAUGGAGCAACAGAUGAAGAGAUGUAUCGAAAGGUAGUGGGAAGUCUUCUAUACCUGACAGCUACAAGACCAGAUAUCAUGUUUACUGCAAGUCUACUGGCAAGGUUCAUGCAUUGUCCCACUAAAAAGCAUCUUGGUACAGCAAAAAGAGUAUUAAGGUAUGUCAAAAGUACCUUAGACUAUGGAAUAGAAUAUAUCAAGGGAAAACAAAUUGUUUUGGUGGGAUAUUUUGAUAGUGAUUGGAGUGGUUUUAUGGAUGAUAUGAAAAGCACAUCUGGAUAUGCUUUUAGUUUUGGAAGUGGGGUGUUUUCAUGGGCCUCGGUUAAACAAAACUGUGUAGCACUUUCUACAGCUGAGGCAGAAUAUAUAAGUGCCUCAGAAGCAACUGCAUAG